UUGUCAGUGAACAAAAUGGCGUCCUACUGUUUGACUGUCACUAGGCUGCGGCUGGCCCUUAGACCUGGGGCAAGGCGGUUUCAUGUCUCUGCAGUGUUCAGCGCCAAAGCCAAAGUGGCCAUGAGCCGCUUUGAGCCGGGCUCCAGCGUUAACUAUGAGAAGAUGCACGAGAACAUCAACACCGUCCGCAGGAGGCUUGGCAGACCUCUCACCCUGUCAGAGAAGAUCGUAUACGGUCACUUGGAUGACGCGGCGGGUCAGGAGAUCGACCGCGGACGCACGUACCUGCGGCUGCGCCCAGACCGCGUGGCCAUGCAGGACGCCACAGCUCAGAUGGCAAUGCUUCAGUUCAUCAGCAGCGGGCUGCCGAAGGUGGCGGUGCCCUCCACCAUCCAUUGUGAUCACCUGAUCGAGGCUCAGAUCGGGGGGGCUCAGGACCUGCAGAGGGCUAAGGAGGUAAACCAGGAGGUUUAUGACUUUCUUGCGACUGCUGCAGCUAAAUAUGGAGUCGGCUUCUGGAAACCAGGAUCAGGGAUCAUCCAUCAGAUCAUUCUUGAGAACUACGCCUACCCUGGAGUGAUGCUGAUCGGUACAGACUCGCACACACCAAACGGCGGCGGGCUUGGCAGCAUCUGUAUAGGGGUCGGAGGAGCUGAUGCCGUGGAUGUCAUGGCUGGGAUCCCCUGGGAGCUCAAAUGUCCCAAAGUGAUCGGAGUGAGGCUCACUGGAACCUUGUCAGGCUGGACGUCUCCAAAGGACGUGAUCCUGAAGGUGGCCGGCAUCCUGACUGUGAAGGGAGGAACUGGAGCCAUCGUAGAGUAUCACGGCCCGGGAGUCGACUCCAUCUCCUGCACGGGCAUGGCGACGAUCUGUAACAUGGGUGCUGAAAUCGGAGCCACCACUUCUGUUUUCCCGUACAACCACCGCAUGAAGACGUACCUGCAGAAAACAGGCCGAGAAGAGAUCGCCACGUUGGCCGAUCAGUUCAAAGACGACCUUGUUCCUGAUAAAAACUGUGAAUAUGACCAGAUGAUCGAGAUCAACCUGAGCGAGCUGAAGCCUCACAUAAACGGUCCGUUCACUCCCGACCUGGCCCACCCCGUCUCUGACAUCGGAGCGAUCGCUAAGAAGAGCGGCUGGCCUCUGGAGGUUAAAGUGGGUCUGAUCGGGAGCUGCACUAACUCUAGUUACGAGGACAUGGGUCGGGCAGCCUCUUUGGCCAAACAGGCUCUGGAUAAAGGUCUGAAAUGUAAGGCUCAGUUCACCGUCACCCCGGGGUCAGAGCAGAUCCGAGCCACCAUAGAGAGGGACGGAUACGCAAAGAUCCUGAGUGACGUUGGUGGAAUAGUACUCGCUAAUGCAUGUGGCCCGUGCAUUGGACAGUGGGACAGGAAAGAUGUGAAGAAAGGAGAGAAGAACACCAUCGUCACAUCCUUCAACAGAAACUUCACCGCCAGGAACGACGCUAACCCCGCUACUCACGCCUUCGUCACCUCUCCUGAGAUCGUCACAGCGUUGGCCAUCGCUGGGACUCUGAACUUUAACCCAGAGACAGACUUCCUGACCUCCCCUAGCGGAGAGAAGUUUAAACUGGAGCCGCCAACAGGAGACGAACUCCCCUCCAGAGACUUUGACCCGGGUCAGGACACCUACCAGCAUCCUCCCACUGAGGGCGGCUCUGUCAAGGUGAAUGUGAACCCGUCCAGUAACCGUCUGCAGCUGUUGGAGCCUUUUGAUAAAUGGAAUGGGAAAGACCUGGAGAACAUGAGAGUCCUCAUCAAGGUCAAAGGUAAAUGUACCACCGAUCACAUCAGUGCAGCCGGGCCGUGGCUCAAAUUCCGCGGUCACCUGGACAACAUCUCCAACAACCUGCUGAUCGGAGCCGUCAACAUCGAGAACGACGCCGUCAACAAGGUGAAGAACCAGCUGACCGGAGAUUACGAGGGCGUGCCUGACGUGGCUCGACACUACAAGGCUAAUGGAGAGAGCUGGGUGGUGGUCGGAGACGAGAACUAUGGGGAGGGGUCCAGCAGGGAGCAUGCUGCUCUGGAACCACGACACCUCGGAGGACGCGCCAUCAUCGUAAAAAGCUUUGCCAGAAUCCACGAGACUAACCUGAAGAAGCAGGGCCUGCUGCCUCUGACCUUCGCUGACCCCAACGACUAUGACAAAAUCCGCCCCGAUGACAAGAUUUCAAUCGUCGGGCUGAAAUCCUUCGCACCUGGCAAGCCUCUGACGGCGGUGAUCAAACACAGCGACGGCAGCAAGGACUCCAUCUCUCUGAACCACACCUUCAACGAGACGCAGAUCGAGUGGUUCCAGGCUGGCUCCGCCCUCAACAGAAUGAAGGAGCUGCAGUAAUUGGCUGGAGAAGAUGGAGGCGGGGCCUGUGGAGGCCAUCGAGGGGCCUUGAUGGUAGAGAAGGAGAGAGAUGAGGGCUCAGAGAGGAGAUCAGUCAGACGAUGAGAAGAGUUUAUGGUAAACGGAGGAUUUUUAGUGUCAGUUAGUGGAGGUGAAGAAACAACCACACACACUCACACACUCACAAUGUCGCUGUACAGAUGAAAAGCGCACACACACAUUACCACAACAAGCACACGCAGGAUUACUGUGAAAGCUGUCACACUCACACAAAGCUCAUCAGUGUGUAUCUGUGUUGUUUAGGCAGCAUUUUGUUCAUAAUUGAAGCACUUCUCACUUUAACGUCACCUUUAUCGUGUUUAUUUAAGUAUCUGUACUGUCUCUGAUGGUCAGAUUGUGUUUUUAAAGCAGGAGCUGCUUGUUUUAGACAUUGUUCAAGCUUCUCUCUGCAGAAACAGACCUGUUAGAAACAUUAACUCUCUCUAUUGCAUCAGAAAUGACAGUUUGUGUAGGAUUACUCACCUGAUUCACACCUUGAAAUGAGAGAAAUAUCUCCUAAAUGCCCCCCAGAGGUUAGUGUUUAAAGACUUCCAGGCAAGACUUCCUUUUCCAUGUUGUACGUUUACAUCUGCAACAUAAAUACCCACAAUUCUCACCUGGGUCUGAUUGCUCCAAAGUUUUCCCACUCUUUGUCCCUUGUUUUUGGUCAGCUGAUGGGUUUUUUGUUUUAAUAAUAGUAAUAAAUGACUUGGUUCUCAGUUGGUGAGUCAGGACCCAGUAGUUGAUAUGCUUUUAUUCUGAAGGAAUUGUCUCCAUUGGUUUGAUCGUUUACAUCUUUUCUUCCAUCACAGGUCCAAACUGCCCUAUUUUUGGUUAAAAACAUUUGGUUAUCAUUGAAAAAUGUGAGAAAUCUGGGGCUCCUGAUGCUAAACCAGUUGAGAACCACUACUGUAAACAAGCAGUAACUUUGACAAAAUACUGAAAAAUCCCAUCAGCCCCUGCAGCCCAGACUGCAUUCUCUCUGUAAGAUUUGUUUUUGCACUUUUCAUUUUGAACUUCACUUUAUAUUCCAGCCAGUAAAUGUUAGGGUUUCACAAUACCAGAGUUUUAAACUUUGAUACGACUCUUGUGAAGAUCACAUCAUGUGUGACCUGUUUGCUAUCAUGGCAGCAAAGAUAGAAGCCCUAGACAAACAAUACUGGCCAAUUCCUUAUUUUUAAACAACAGAAAUUGCAGGAAAACUCCUACACAUGAUCUCAAUUAUACAAAAACAUUCACAACUUUUCUGGAAAAUUAGGCUGUUGACAUGCCCUCUACUUUUAGAUACAAUGCAAUGCAAAAAUCUACAUUAUUUUAAUGAUUGAUUGCAUCAGAAAGUAUGAAAACUUAAUGAGCUUCAGUCAUAUAUUUAACCUAAAGAGCAGUGCAUCUUAAAGUGUUGGCCUGAGCCCCCUGGUGGACCACAUCAGUACUACAGUUGGGCUGCAAAGGGUCCUUUAUAAAAAGAAUAAUAAUCAUAUUAAAAUAAUAAUAAUAGAUUACAUUAUAAUUGCUAAUAAAAUAUGUAAUUAUUCACGUCUCAGCAGUAACAUAAAUAAAGCCUGAAUUUAUUUCUUCGUUUUGUCUGUGGUAUUCGACCGGUGUCACGGUUUAACUGGUGUUGGUCUAUACUACUAUGCCACUCACUUCCUUGUAAUUCUAGUCAUUAAUUUUGCUAGGACAGUGUUUUCUGGCCCGCUAGGUUUACUGAGAUAAAUAUUACAAAAAUGUUUUGAGGUAACUUUGCGGAUCCCUGACUAAAACAUAAUUUUAAUUAUGUUUUUAAUUUCCUGCAUUUCUUGAUGGAUGCAUUCCUUUUCUAAACACCUACCUAAUGAAAAAAGAUGAGCUUACUUACUAUUUGAUAUUUCCAAUCAUUACUAUACUUGAGAUUUGAUCAUUUUAAAACUGGUGGUAUUGAAAAGUAUUAGAAUAUUGUACACUUUGACAACCUUAGUAUUUGAUUUUUGCACUUUCUCUUUUUUGUCUCCUCUGCUUUUUUGUCUUUUUGUGCAAAAUGCUUAAUCCCAACAUGUCAAACUUUCUGAUGUGGAUGACAUUGAGACAGCAAACCACAGCACAUACAUUGCCAUCAUUGCCAUUAGUAUUUCUGUCUCUAUUUCUCUUCAUCUGUGUAUGAAUGAUUGUUUUUGAUAUCAUCAUGGUUCUGUCUGCUCCUCUCUGCUCGUCCUGCCUCUCUCACUCUCAAUGGUUGCUUCAUGAAAUCCAAACACAACCUGAUUUUUAAGAAGUAGUAGUAGCUCUUCAUUAAAGCUGCAGUGAACAGAAAUGUAAUGUAAAUACAGAUGAAAUGUGCACACAAAGAGAGAGCAGCAGAAGAGUCUUCCUGAGCAGCAGUGAUACAGAAACAGCUCUUGAACAGCAUCAUUGUUGUUCUGAGUUAAAAAAUCUUUUUUUUUGAGUUUGCUCUGGAGCAGCCAGGCUGUGAAGCUGCUUCAUGCAGCUUUAAUCUGUUUGUCUCGGAGUUGAAUGUCUUUCCAGUUGAUGUUUGGUCCAUGAGAAGGCCAGCUUUCUUCUUACACAAACUAACGCACAAUGUAGAGUCCAGACGCCUGAACUCUGGCACUUUGUAGAGUUAGGACGGUAGGUUUAGGUUUGCUUCACCAUGCUUUAUUUGUCCUGAGGCUUUAACCUCUGUGUUUUAAUUUCUUUCUUUAUAACAGUCAUGACUAACCCUCGCUGUAGGAGUGAUUUUUAGUUCUUUGCUGCAGCAGUUUUCAGUCCUCUGUGUUAAAGAGACACUUCCUCAUUCUUAUGUCAAAAAAGUCAAAACAUUUAGGACUAAAGAAUAACAGCUCCUUCACUAUUGCGAUCGGACCUGUGUGUAAAUGAUGUGAUAUAUAAAGAUGCACUAGAUGUAGAGGUGUGUACAUAAAGCAUAUAGAGAUUAUAUAUUUAAGAGAGAGUAAAUGCUGUAUGCUUCCUGUCUGAAAAGAGCCAUUAACUCCAUAUUUACUGUAAAAUGUCAUUAAUUAUUCAGGAUUUUAUGUCCUUAGGUCUAUUUAGGACUCAUCCAAAUUUGGAUGCGCUUCUAUUUGCAGUUUUAUGGUAGCUCUUUCUAACACUACGUCCUCAUAAGCAUCUGUUUCUUUAUUAGACUUUGCAAGUUAAAACUGUGGAUUGUGGUUCAGUUAAAGCACAGAUUUAAAUGAUUGCACGAUUGUAACUUGAGUUUUCUGUCAGACUUUGAAAGUGAAAGUGGAUUAGUUAUUGUAAGAGCAGAGUCUGGGUGGAUUUAUGUGGUUUUAUCUGAAUGUUUGGUUUUUGUUUCGGUGGUUUUCAAGGACAGAGAUGGUGUGAAACAGCAGUGGAUCAAUACUAAAGUCUUUGUAGAUAUGAGUUGGUUCUCUGUUAAUAAACUGAAGAGAUUGUUUCCUGAUUAAUAAUGCUUCCUUUCCUUAAAGACUCCAUCACUUCAUACUAAUCAGAUUUACAGCCAAAGACACUGAAUGAAAGAACUGACAUGCAUAGAUAAUCUCUCUGAUUCUGUCAUUACGUCCAUGAUUCUGUGAUCGAGUCUGAUGUUUAUAAAGAAAACUAAACCAGAUUUAUUUGAUGAUUUUUAAGCAUUUCCUGUGAUAUUUGAACGUCUUUGUUGCUCAGAUGUUUGAAAGCAGCUUGUGUACAUGAACCGAUCAAACGUUGGUGAAGGCGUUGUGUGCCAGCAUGCUUCCUGUGUGACUGUUUUUGUACUCUGACGUUCUCUGUUUACUCUAUCAUCUGUUUAAAAUCAAAGGUUUCAAAUGUUUGGACGCAGCACUGAUAUCUAAUAGAAUAAGUGUCAUAGUGAUGAUUCUCCUCACACACCUGAAAAAGACGAUCUAUUAAAUCUCCUGCAGAUCUAACACUUGUUGUGAGAUUAGAAAUGAUUAGUGAAUAAAUAAAGAUUUAACUCUGA